AUGCCGCCGCGCAAACCCAAGCCCAAGCCCCGCCCGAGCCGACCCCGCAAGCCAAGCUGCACGCCACACCUGGUCGCGCACUCGCUCCUCUCGCGCCCCGACGACCCCAAGAAGCUGCGACACGCGCUGGCAACACUGCGCUCGCGCGCAAAGCUGCCCCCGAGCGCGGCGUACACGUGCUGGCACACCGUCGCGUUCCCGACGCCCGACCUGCGCCCCGGGGAAGAGCUGCGCGCCGCGCCCGAGGCCGCGGCGUGGCGGCUCACCCACGCCAUAGUUGCGCCGGGCGGGCUCGCCAGCCCCGGCUCUGGCUCCUCCCCCGUGUCGCCGGUCGACGAAGCCGACACCGCCCCCGACCCGCUCGUGCUCUCCGCCGCCCUCGUCGACGUCCUCCUCACCGACGACGAGUUCGACGCCCUCGACGCGCUGUACCCGCUCGUCCCCGGCGUCGACGUGACCGCCGCCACCGCUGACGGCCCGCACGCGUACGAGGUGCGCGGGGAGCGCACGACAAACUACCUGCUUGACCUGGUGGCGCGGAGCCUGGCGACCGCCGCAGCCCACUCGUGCGUUCUCUUCGUGUCGAAUGGCGAGCGGCACGUGCGCGUGUCCGGCCUGCGCGGGUACGCGUUCGUGUUCGGCGACGGCGCCGACCAGACCCCUGGGCCAAUGUUUGAUCGGUCUAUUGGGUGGCGUGCGGGCGGAGAGGUGGUCCGGCCCGGCGCCCACGUCAAGCUCUUCACGGCGCUGCUCGACGCCGCGGUCGAGGUCGUCAACCAGGGCGCCGAGGUCGAGUAG